AUGGACCUCGACAGUAUGGCGUUUGCCAACCUAUAUGGUUAUCCCAAUGAUUCCGACGUGCUUGAUGUUGAAAAUGAUGACUACAACGGUGUUCUAGACGCUCCUGCGCGUCAGAGUCACCUUAAAUUGCCUUAUCCUUUUGGGAUAUUUGCCCUGCCCUCUACUUCGGACGCAGGUCUAUCCUCGACCUACUCGGGGCCCAUAGCUGACGAAGCAGAGCCUGUGCAGUUAAACAGUGAAGUCUUGGAUCCACUAGAUCUUUUACGUUUCCCACAGGGAGGCGAUAUGCCCAGGUCCCCUUACACCGAAACCGACCAAAAAGCCAAAGAAAAGCCUUCUCCAGACUCACAGAGCCCAACACCUGCGAGUAAGCGGAGACCACACAGACCUCGAAGACAGAAUCGUUCGUGCGAUCCCUGCCGUACAGCGAAAAGGGCCUGCGAUUUGCCCCCCAACACCACCUUCUCAAACAAUUUUCCUUCAUCACCUUGUUCCAUGUGCAAACUACGGGGCACGGUUUGCACAGUUGCAUGGCGUGCGAGCAAGCAGUUUUCCCAUAAUACCAAGAAGCUUGCAUCUUCCGUUAAGAGUCAUGUUACCGACCAUGGCACUGGUGUCAUCAACGAGCCCACCGACGAAGGUCUCUCACCUUCCACUCCAACAAGUCUGUCAAGCCACGACUGUACUCUGGUUUACCGUACAAUGGCUUCCCGGACAUGCUCUCAGAAAUUGGGAGUAUACAUUGACAUUUUUGAUAUUCCAAUGUCAAAAAUUCUUUCAGAGAAAUGCGUGCCUCCUUUUUACUCUUUGGGAAUCGGUGCUUUAACACCAUUGAGAAACAAUACACAGCUAGCCGCACGAUUCAACCAAGCUGAAUUGAGCAUCAUGAAUUCUUGGGAAAUGGGAUCUUCUCCAUGGCUGCCAACUUCUGCUACGUCACGAUUGUUCCUGACAGCUAGCAUUCUUGAUUUGCUGUUCCAACGUCUAGAUUCUCGCUCCGGAUAUAGGCGAUUGAUAUCUCGCGAUGUUGCCUUGACUGAAACCCACAAAUGGGUUGCCAUUGCAACCGGGUCGCAAUUUGCUGUCAAUGAAAAUGGUGCUGAGAACAAAGAAAAGUCUCACCAGCAAGCAAAAGAUAUUGCAUAUGCUACCUGGUCCAAGGCAAAACACAUGGUGUUCGAGAAUAUUGCGGCAAGCAAAUCAUUCCGUCUAGGAUUGUCGCUUCUCCUCUUUGGAACAAUCUUGCCACCCACUGGCACGGAUCAGAGCCGUGAUUUUGAAGAAGACGCUGCCUAUGCACUGCAAGAAGGCAUUCGACGACUGAAAAUACUAUGCGCUGAGGCUCGUACUUGUCUCCAGAGUGGUGAUGCCCGCUCUAGUAUUAUUACGCCCUUGAUGGGACUGCAUCCACCCGUGCAAAAGCAGUGUCUGUUCCACAUAUUGUCCCCAGAAGCCCUUGAAAACAUUCUAGAGCUGAUCGCAGCUUUUGAAUGGCUCGUUGAGAUGGUACAAAGCGUAUCAAUUGCUCUUUCCCCAUUUCCAAGUUUUCUUGUUGCACCAUCUGUUAAUAACUUCAAUACCGACAAUACUCACUUGAAAGAGAAAAUAACUCAGGAUUUGGAUGUCAAAAGCGUGGAUAAUGGGCGAAAUCCGAGACCGAUGGAUGAUGCCAUUAUUGCGCGGGUCAAGACAGUGGCCCGGCCGGUGACAGUGCUAUGGACUCAAGGCUCCGCGGAGCAACUUGUGCAUAGUGCCUUGCUUGAAUCAGGGUCUUUCGUCGUCUUAAUGUGGAAAUCACUUGCUCGCUUGACUAUAGCAACUCAGAAUAUAGGGGCCAUCCACGUCAACUAUGAAGAGAUCCAUCAGCAUUUUAAUAGGAUGAUAAUGCUCGUUGAUCUAUGGAGAACGACUUUUGGCACAAUCGACUAUGACUCGGCUAUGAGUCUGCAGCUAUCAAUAGCCGAUGUGCGGCGCAGUGCGAUUUUCUGCGCCACUGAUGGCGAUCUCGCGGUCCUUCUCUUUUACGAGCUUUCUUGCCGUCUUCAGAGUCAUCUUGCGGACCAGCCACUAUCUCCAGGAAAUAGUCUCCGCGAAACACUGAAGCUAACCACAAAUUACCGGAAUAGCCAGCGACUUAUAAGCGCGAUGCAAAUUUCCUACCUCGCUUCAACGAACCAUGGAGUCUCAAGCCCUGGCUUCCAAGGAAAACAUGGACUUAAGGCAAAUAUUGAAGACAUUCGGGCACACCCGCAUCCUACUAUGGUGGUGCAAACAUACCAACUAGCCGCCAAGGGAUUGGCACAAGAGAUUCAGAGCUCUGUUUUGGCGGUAGACAUAAAACGUAUUUCAGACCUGUCUGCUGCUCUUGAAAGCUGUCUGCGAGAGCUGCAGGGACUUCAAAGUGCACUUGUCAUGUACCCAGCUACAGAAGGGAGUGAUGCGAAUAUAACUUUCUCUUAA